AUGUCUUCUAGUGGUUCUAGUGCCUCUGCUUCGUGCAAUGUUAGUGGUAGUAGUAAUUCAUCUGAGUCUAAUAAGGACCCCUACCCUUUGUGGAAGUUUGUUGUUAAGGGUGAUAAAAUAUCGGGUGGUGGAGGAAAUUAUAAUUGGAAAUGUAACUUUUGUGGUGAAGUUAAAAAUGGUUCAUACACUAGAGUGAAAGCUCAUUUGCUAUGUGAAACAGGGAAAGGGAUUCAAACUUGUAAUAAAGUGAAUAUUGAUGACCUUGCUAAACUAAGAAAACUUCAUCGUGAAUCUGAGGAUUUUAAAAAAUCUUUGUUACCAAAAGUUCCACCUUUUUCAAAUGAACCCAUAUCUUCUCACACAUCAACUGAAGCUACAUCAGUUAGACUAGGUUCAUCUGAUAAUAUGUUUUACACAAGGGGGUUGCCUUUUAAUCUUGCUAGAAACCCUUACUAUGUUAGUUCAUAUACCAUUGCUGCCAAUUCUAAUCUCUCUGGUUAUAAGCCUCCUAGAUACAACAAACUUAGAACAACUUUGCUUUGUAAAGAGAAAGAAAACGUGGAUAGGUUAUUGCAACUUAUUAAAGCCACAUGGAAAACAAAGGGUGUUAGCAUUGUUAGUGAUGGGUGGAGUGAUCCACAAAGAAGGCCUUUGAUUAACAUUAUGAUUGCUUCCGAAACGGGUCCUAUGUUUAUGAAAGCUAUUGAUUGCUCGGGUGAGAUUAAGGACAAAGAUUUCAUUGCUACCUUAUUAAGUGAGGUGAUUGAUGAAAUUGGAGAUCAAAAUGUUGUUCAAAUAAUCACAGAUAAUGCAAGUAAUUGUAAGGCUGCAGGGGAAUUGGUUGAGGGUAGGUAUCCUCAUAUAUAUUGGACACCAUGUGUUGUUCAUACACUUAAUCUUGCAAUGAAAAGCAUUUGUGCAGCUAAGAAUGUGUUGAAUAAUGUUGAAGUGUAUGAUGAAUUUCAUUGGAUAACGGAAGUUCAUGCAGAUGCCUUGUUCAUUAAAAAUUACAUAAUGAAUCAUUUCAAUGAGGCUUUCAAUGUUCAAUAA